AUGUCUAAGACAAGAAAGCAGAUGGAGUUGAUGACUUGCAUUGAUUCCAUCUUAGAUAAACUGCGGCUGUUGGUUCCCCAGGGUGAUCUCUGCAAGUAUGAUCGUGCUUUGAAUGAGCUGAAGGUGGAGCUUGGGCUAGUGAAAACAUUCCUUCUGUGUUACUGGAAAUUGGGAUAUUCCUGGGAUCACUUUCAAGAUUCUGUUCAUAAAAAUGGGCAGCAGUUUUACUCUCUUCUUCUUGGAUUCGAGGAUGAUGGAUUGUCCCCCAGCGACUUGGCUGGAUCAGCUUCAACUUUUGGAGAUAUUCUAAAGGGUUCUAAGCAAGAAAUCAGGAGAUCCUAUGCCCAUAUUUUUUAUUCCUUAUUGGAAUCCGUUUUUGAGUCUAGAAUCCGACGGAAUACAAGAGAUUUUGGGCUGUGGAGAGCCUGGACUUUCUGGAGAAGUGAAUCAUUCGGGACAAUGUAUUCCAGUACGUUGGAUCGCUUAUUGGCAUCCAGUUCUCCUUUGAGAGAUGAGUUCAUGGAAUCUAGUUCUAUUUCAACAGAAGAAUUUAUGGAAUCCAGUGCUCCUCCAAGAGACGAUUUCAUGGAAUUCUUCCACUCCUUGCUAGAGAAUUUUGUGGAUAUUCUCAAUUGGGGUGAAGCCUGCGAUUCGGAACUUGAAAAACUGUUGGAGCCCUUGCAAGAGAAGCUAGUGUUCCUAAAAAAUUUCAUUCUCUUUGCUAGGUCGCAAGGCAAGCAGGAGCGGAAACUUAUGGAGCACUGUGGAGUUGUGGCUCUGUCUGCAGCCCAUCUUUGUCACAGUUGCUGGUUUUUCAGAGAUGAUAAUGAAGUUUUUGUUGAAAUCAGCUUCAAGAUUGAUGAAGUAAAAGAUCAGAUCAAGCCUGUUGUUGAGCAAGUCCGUUUGGCUUAUAUCAGCAUCUUGGAAUCUAAGUCUUCAUCACUUGGGAUGUCUACCAAGGCUAAUAUGUCUAUAGUGGGGGGUUUUGUAGGUUCUCUCCUAGGUAAUCUUUGGGAGUUUCUCGUAAAGUGUCCUACCUGGUUUACUUCAUCUCUAAAGCAUCAAAUUCGGAUACUCUACGAGGGACUGCAGUUCUUGAGAGGCAUUUUGAUGAAGCAGCAAGAGGAUUAUGAUGGGCUUCCUGGAGGAAUCAAGGAUCGCAUUGUGGCUGUGGUCAAUGAUGCUGGGAUUGUAAUUUUCUCACUAUAUCAGGACAAUAUCCGAGAAGCUUCAGCCAUGGAAAUAGAUCUUAAGCUCUUUUGUUUACUGGAGAAGAUCAAGCUUGUUAAGGCAGAAAUUGAGAAAAAGUAUCCUGCGGCAUCAAGGUCCAAAUUUCCUACAACCAAUGCAUUAGAGUUGAUCGAUCUUGUUCUAGAAAAGUUGAAGGAACUGGAAAGCUGUGAAGUUGAUCCAAUAUUUUCUUUUGCAAAGGGUGGAGUUGACUUCUUAAAUUCAUACUUGAACAAGAUCCAAUGCCCGAGAGUUGACCGACCUUUUCCCAUUAGGUCUCCUGGGGUACCAUAUGGGGCACCACUUCGACCUUGGGAGAAAACAACCUCGGACGUUGAUGUGGAGCAGCAGAUCAAGCUUGAAAAGCUCCAACAUAAAAAGAUGCAAGCCAAUGUCCCAUUCUUAACGUCAUUCUUGGAGAAUAAUUUGGAGCAGCACAUCAAGAAUGAAAAGCACCAACUUCAGACGAUGAAAGGUGAUCUUGUAUCUUUAAGAUCAUUAUUGGAAGAAAAUGGGGAGCAACACAGCCAUCACGAAGGUCCCCAUGCCCUUUGGAGUCAUGUUAUAGAGGUUGCAUACAAGGCAGAGUUUGUCAUCGAAUCCUUAUUAGCUGGAGAUAUCUCAUUCUACUCUCUGAUGUUAUUUGAUGAUAUUGCACGAGAAAUUAAGCUCGUCAAAAGUCUAGCCCAGGAAGCUACCAAGAUUCCGAGGCAUGUGCCAUCACAAGUAAGAAGCCAGACGAAUGGAGCGUCCGACCAGGUGUCAUCAUCGGUUAGUAUCUCAACAGUCGAUAAAGCUGAGGUGGCCUUGCAGGAUGAGGAGGACGCAAUAAUUGACAAACUUAUAAACGGUCCAAAGCAGCUGGACAUCAUCUCCAUUGUGGGUAUGGCUGGGCUAGGCAAGACGUUUUUGGCACGAAGAGUUUACCGUGAUCCUAAAGUUACAUCUCACUUCCACAUUCGGGCAUGGUGUUGUAUCUCCCAAACAUAUUGCAAGAAAGAUUUGCUGCUUCAGAUUUUGGCUUGCAUUAACCAGAAAACUCAAUUUUCUGAGAUGAACCAAGAUGAUUUGGCUGACAAACUCCGUAAAUGUUUGAGUCGAAACAAGUAUCUCAUAGUUCUGGAUGAUGUUUGGGACACUGAGGCAUUGAAUGCUUUGAGAUUAUCGUUCCCAGAUCACACAAUUGGAAGCAGGAUUCUCUUAACAAGUCGAGAUCAUGGGAUUUGUGGUACACCUCACCGACUUCGGCCACUUGAAGAACCAGAAAGCUGGGAUUUACUACAGAAGAAGCUGGCAAUUAUUAGAAAAAAUGACUACGCUCCAGAACUGGAAGUUCCUGGGAGGCAAAUAGCAGAAAAUUGUAAAGGGUUGCCUCUAUCAAUUGUCAUCAUAUCUGGAAUUCUUGCUAGUCUUGAUCGACCAUGCCUUAUUUACUUUGGAGCAUUCAGCGAAGAUCACGAAAUUUCUAUCCAGAGGUUGAUGUGGUUGUGGAUCGCCGAAGGAUUUGUGCAGAAAAAUGAGUCAGAGAGCCCAGAAAAAAUAGCAGAAGGCUACAUAAUGGCUCUAAUUAACAGAAGCUUGGUUAUGGCGGGGAAACAAAGAUCCACAGGUGGGGUCAAGACGUGCUGCAUCCAUGAUUUGUUGCAUGUAUUUUGUUUGGAAAAGGCCAAAGAUCAAAAUUUUCUGCAGUUGAUACGAGGUUACGAUGGAUUUCUCAAACUUGAUGAGUCACAGCACCUGCGUCGACUAUCCGUUCAGUCUCAACCAAAGCAUUUUGUGAAAUCAAGGAUAUUUUGUCCUCGUAUACGCUCUCUACUACAUGCUUCCCGUGGGGUUGGGAGCCGUGAAGUGUUGUACCUUUUAUCCUUCGUUUUUCACCUAAAACUUCUAAGAGUCUUGGAUUUGGGACAAAUUAGUCUAGGCACUGCUUUCCCGAGUGAAAUAAGCUUGCUCGUCCGGCUGAGGUUCUUGGCAAUUCUAGGUUGGCUCAAGGGCGACAUUCCAUCCUCACUCGAAAGACUCUCAAAUUUGGAAACUUUUUUAGUGACAACACAUGAUUCUGGUGUUGGUCUCUCUUUACUGCUAGAUACUUUAGUGAAAAUGCAGAAAUUGAGGCAUCUACAUGUACGUGGUGCUUUGAUCGAUCUUAGGUCGGCCAAUGACGACACUGAAUGCUCCUCCAGAGUAUGCAAUUUAGAUACCUUUUCCACUUUAAAGCUUUAUCUGGGGAAAAGCUCGGAGAAGACGAUCAUGAAGUUUCCAAAUAUCCGCAAGCUAAAAUGCUGUCUCUUGCCAUCACCAUCAGAAGAAUCCACUAGUGACAGCAACAUGGUCGUGUCAAUGCACCUUCUGAGUCAACUAGAAUCACUAAAGCUGCUUCUGGGUAAAGUGACUGCGCAUCCCAUCGAGUAUCAUCUGCCCUCGAAUCUUAAGAAGUUGACACUGGAGGACUUCUCAUGGAGCAUAAUGUCCGCAAUCAGAAAGCUACCAAAUCUCGAGGCUCUUAAAUUACUCCGACAAGCUGAUGGGGUAAAGGAGUGGGACAUGGAAGGCAUGGAAGAAGAAGAAGUCUUCCCAGCACUCAAGUUCUUGAAAUUGAAAGAUUUGAGCAUUGUCAAGUGGAUGGGAUCAGGAGAUCACUUUCCCAGUCUUGAGAGAUUAAUAAUGGAAGGUUGUGCAGAAUUGGAAGAGCUCCCUUCUUGUUUACAGGAAACUUUAACUCUUCAAUUCAUUGAGGUGCGUGGAUGUCUCUAUUCUGCUGGGGAUUUAGUUCGAGAGAUUAAGCAACAGCAGAUAGACUAUGGAAAUCAGGAUCUGAAAAUCCUUAUCUCAGAAGAAAUGGAGGAGUCAGAUGGAGAUUCAGAUGGAUGGUCAUGGAAUGCACCCUUUGAUAAAAUUGUGCGGAAUGGUUCUACUUACAUCUCAAGUAUCCGUGGAGUUUGCUGUGGCAGUGAUGGUAUGUGCAUCUUGGACAUGUUUUGUCAUCCUGUGCUUUUAACCAAGUAUCAUGACCGCUACUUUGAAUGGACUGCUGGGGUAAUGGUGCCUUUCCGUCUGCUGGGAAAGGCGGUCGAGAGUAAGAACCAAGAUGGAAAGACUCUGGCCAAAGCUUGUGAAUCUCAGGCAUGUCUCUCUCAAUCUUACCAGAGGUUUGCUCUCCAAAAGUGUUGGAGCAGGAUAAUUCAAUCCCUUUUCUGA